UAGCGAAUCGCCUACGAGAAACUUCCUUUUGUAUGGCGGACUUUGUGUUCGCUUGAUGUGUGUCUUGACAGAAAAUAGUUUUAAGUGAUCGACAAGAUGUCGUUAUCAACGGCACGCCCUUUGGUUAGUAUCUACAGCGAAAAGUCUGAAGAGGUUAAAGGCAAGUCUGUUCGUUUGCCAGCUGUCUUCAAGGCCCCAAUUAGGCCUGAUGUCGUGAAUUUCGUUCACGAACAAAUUUCCUUCAAUCAUCGCCAAGCGUAUUGUGUCAGCGAUAAAGCAGGUCAUCAAACUUCUGCUGAAUCAUGGGGUACUGGUCGCGCUGUCGCCCGUAUUCCGCGUGUCCGUGGUGGAGGUACCCACCGCUCUGGUCAGGGUGCUUUCGGUAAUAUGUGUCGUGGUGGACGAAUGUUCGCCCCAACGAAACCAUGGCGUCGCUGGCAUAGACGUGUUAAUAUCAACCAACGUCGUUAUGCCCUCGCUUCGGCUGUAGCGGCCAGCGGAGUCCCAGCCCUUGUAAUGAGCAAAGGACAUGUUAUUGAUCAGAUUCCAGAGUUGCCCCUCGUUGUUUCUGAUAAAGUUCAAGAAUUAACUAAGACCAAACAAGCGGUUAUCUUUUUGAGACGUGUUAAAGCCUGGGCAGAUAUCCAAAAGGUUUAUAAAUCGCAAAGAUUCCGCGCUGGAAAGGGUAAAAUGCGUAAUAGGAGACGUAUCCAACGUAAAGGCCCCCUCAUUGUUUACCAUAAAGACCAAGGUCUUCGUCGCGCUUUCCGUAACAUCCCUGGAAUUGAUUUAAUUAGCGUUGAAAAAUUGAAUUUGCUUAAAUUGGCCCCUGGCGGUCACGUAGGUCGUUUUAUAAUCUGGACCGAAUCUGCUUUCCAACGUUUGGACAAAUUGUUUGGAACUUGGAAAAACUCUUCUGUUGAAAAGAAAGGUUACAAUUUGCCCCAACCUAAAAUGGCCAACACUGAUUUAUCUCGUUUGUUGAAAGCUGAAGAAAUUAAGAGUGUACUUCGUGCACCACAAAAGAAGAUUGUUCGCGCUGUGCGUCGUCUCAAUCCUCUCACCAACGCUAGGGCAAUGUUACGUUUGAAUCCAUAUGCUGCUGUAUUGAAGAGACAAGCAAUUUUGUCUGAACAAAAAAGGAAGUUUGCUAGACAAGAAGCAGUUGCGAAAAAACGGGGUAUCACUUUGAGUCCGGAUAACGUAGUUAUCAAGUCGGCUGCACUUCAAAAAAGGCGAAGAGAGUUGAUAAUGAAGGCCAAACAGGGUAAACCCAAGAAGACGGCGACGAAGAAGAAGGCCGCUCCCGCUAAGAAGUAACUGAAGGGACCGAAAGUUUAGGUUAUAUGUGAUUUAAACAAUGGGUUUCUGAUGUUAUGUUUAUAAUAAUAUAAAAAAAUAAAUUAAGAAAACAGA